GACUGGACAAUGUUCCUGCAAAACGGGAUGGGACGGCAAAAUCUGUGACAGGCCGUGUCCCUUCUAUACCUUCGGCAAGGGUUGUCAAAAUCAUUGCAUCUGCAAGAACAACGCGCAGUGCUCGCCCAUCGACGGCACUUGCAUUUGCGCGGACGGAUAUCGCGGAAUGGAUUGCGGCAAUCUGUGCCCCGCGAAUACGUUCGGGGAGGACUGCGUGCAGAAGUGCGCCUGCAAAAACGGAGCCAGCUGCUCGCCUGAGAACGGAAGCUGCAAUUGCACGGCUGGAUGGGUCGGUAUCUUGUGUGACCGUCCGUGCGAUGACAAAUUCUAUGGCAAGGAUUGCGAAGGCAAAUGCAAAUGCUAUAAUAAUGCAGCCUGCCACCCGCAAAAUGGCACGUGCACGUGUGCGGCUGGCUUCACCGGUAUGCUAUGUCAGGACCGUUGUAGAAAGGGCUUCUAUGGAAACGGAUGUAAUCAGAGAUGCAACUGUGUCGAAGAGAACACCGUGGAUUGUGAUUUCACUACCGGGUAUUGCAACUGCAAGCCGGAAUGGCGAGGAAUACGAUGCGAAACAAAGUGUCCGGAAGGUCUUUACGGCAAGGAUUGUCAUUUACAUUGCGAAUGCAUGCACAACAGUUCGUGUGAUCCCACGACCGGAAGUUGCGUCUGCGCCAAGGGCUGGGAGAGCUCUGAUUGCUCGCAACCCUGCAAGGAAGGAUGGUACGGGCUGGGAUGCAGAGAAAAGUGCCCGGAGAAAAUAAACG